AUGUCUUCUCAAGAAAUGAAUAACGUGGGAGCUCUGCAGCCAAAGAGAAGAAGAACACCAAAAGACUCGGAAGAUGAAGGAAUCAAGCGAAUGAGAGGGCUUGAGGAUAUUGGAAAAGAACAUUUCGUGUAUAGCCAAGAAGUGGGUUUGAACUCUGAUUCAGUCUCUAACGGAGACAAGCCAUGCUCCCCGUUGUCACUGAAAAGAAAAAGGUCACAAGUCAUAAAUGCUAACGAGUCCUCUAAACGGAAAACCCGACGCCGGCAACUGACAAAGGUGCUAGAGAGUACGGCUAUGGUCUGUGUCCCUCUUGCCUCUGACCAGCUUCUUACUUAUAAUGACAGCAAAGUAUCGAGACUGGAACCUGUAGAAUCCAUGAAAAGUGUGUCUGUUGUAAUCAACAACAGUUUAGACAGUACUACUGAAGUUUCAUUUUCAUGCGAGAAUGCUUCUGAGAUUGUUGUUGGAGCCUCCCAUUACAACAAGGCAAAAGACAGUGAUAUUUCAAGCUUAUCAGUUUCUGCGGAGGAUGAUUCGUCUGACCAACUAUAUGAUGUUCCACUAACUGGAAAGGAUAAACUUUCUGCAGUAUCCUCAUCAAGGAAAGCUCUUGUUUCUGGUUUGACAAGUCCACCAGAUACACAACUUAUCAUAUAUGAUUUGAACAGGAUUGAGAAGAGCACUUCUGAGUGGCAACUAAAAGGAAAGAGGAACUCGAGGAAGAUGAGUAAGAAACAAGAAGCGAGAAGAUUUGUGUACGGAGAAGUUGCUAAUAACAUCAGUCCUUUGCCUCUUCCUGCACUGUAUGAAGUGAAGAUUGAGGUAAAAGCCAGCUCUAACAAACCCAGCGUUUCUCUGGUUUCUCGUAUGAGUGAGUUAAAUGGUAAAGCUAUUGUUGGGCAUCAUGUUAGUGUUGAAGCCUUGGAAGAAGACUACUACAACGGUAUGGUGAUGUCUCAAACUGUUGUGAAGGCGAAGUCAUUGUCCAAAAAGAAAGGGAAAUCACAGGGAGCUUUUGGAAAGUCAUUGAAGUCAAAGAAGAAACCUUCUUCCCUAUCCAUAAAGACAAGGCGGUUCUCUAUUCUAACGAGCCAGAGGGUGGCGGGAAGAAGCAAGAUGCAGACAACUAGACAGAUAAAGGAAACGGUUGUAGCUUGUAUACCGUUGAAAGUAGUCUUCAGUAGGAUAAACCAAGUGUUGAAAGGCUCAGCAAGACAAACGCAACACCGACCAUUGCCAUCUGCAGGCAAAGCAUGA